UGGCUGGUGCUAUUGAUCAAGGUGUACACCCCCAAGCAAACGGGUUACCAAUAACAAAAUAUAAACAGCGCGUUACCAGUGCAUUAUGCACAGUGUUACAUUAGCUUUCUUGCUCUCAGAAAUGCACUGAGCAUGACACUUCAGUGCUGCGGGAAGUUGUGAGUAUUGAAUGAAAUUUGCAGCGGUUCCCAUAUGGCCAGGCUUUGGCACGAAGCAAGGGUUGGAAAGGAGAAAAACAGCUAUUUCGCACUUCAUGACAGUGUAUGUCCUCUUUCACCUUGCUCACCGAGGGCCGUUUCCUGCUCGCGGGCGAGCUUCACUGUUGCCUCGAAAAAUGGAUUUUCGAAAAUGCGUUGUUUUUAUGGAGAAUGGGUUCUACCGGAGUGGUUUAUGAGAAACAAAGCAAGUACAACAAGUAAACACUUUAAUUUACACUUGUGAGGCGCACUGCGACACAGGGGAGGAUGCGGUUGAUGUGUUCGACGACAGAAAAAGAGAUGUGGCCGAUGGUGUGGAAGCAGAGUGUCUCUGAAAGUUGUAUGGGGACCACUGUAAGACAGUAAAUAUUCAUCCUCCUGGGAUUUCUCCAGCCAGACCUUCACUCCAUGGGCAGAAGUCGAGGUGACUACAUGCAAGACAAUCAAACAGAAAGACUAAAUUAAACAGUAUCGCUAACAGGGGGUGAAAGAUGUCAUAAAAGGAUUUACUGCGAAAGUGAGAGUUCGAGGAAACAGAACGAGGCUUGUGGAGAGAGAUUUGAAUUCUGGGAAUUCUCCUCACAAUGCCUCCCGAGGAAAAGAAUUCGAACAAUAACAAGACAGUUACUCCGACAGGAAGCCCCUGUCAAACAGCUCUUCAGGCAGACCCCGAGAACCUGUCAUUGUCCAAACCAGCCUCACCCACACCCACAACACUGAUGGCAGUGACCACAGAGAAGCAGCGGCGUGACUCUGAAGAUUCCGACGACAGCAUUGACAGCUUCGAGAACUACAUCCCGACACCGCCCGACGGGGGCUGGGGCUGGGUCAUCGUCGCAGUAUCCCUCGUCAACAAUCUCAUCGUGGAUGGCAUCGGGUACUCUUUUGGGGUGUUCCUGUCGCAGUUCACCGAGUACUUUCAGGAGCCCAAGGGCAAGGUGUCGUUCGUGGGAUCCUUGCUGUGCGGCACAUACCUCAUUGCCGGCCCACUGGUCAGUGCCCUCACCAACAAGUUCGGUUGUCGCGCCGUCGCCAUCGUCGGUUCCAUCAUCGCUGCCGUCGGCUUCAUCCUCAGCAUCUUUGCGCCAUCGUUGGAAAUCCUGAUGUUGACCUACGGCCUCAUUGCAGGCUUUGGACUUGGAAUGCUUUAUCUCCCUUCAAUUGUAAGUGUCGGCUAUUACUUUGAGAAGAAAAGAGCUUUGGCGACUGGUCUUGCUGUUUGCGGGUCAGGUAUCGGGGCUUUCAUCUUCGCUCCUUUGUCGGACUUUCUUCUCUCGGAACUAGACUGGAAGAGCGCGCUGAUCAUCAUCGCCGGUAUCACACUGCAAGGCUGCGUGUGCGGAGCGCUGAUGCGACCUCUUGAACCCACCAAGCGCGUGCGCAGACCGAGAGCAAAGAACCUGCUGGACCGCAUCAAAGAACAAGCCAAGGGCAACAGAAACAGGACUGUUUCGGAGACCAGCGGCAUGUUCUCAGGCCGCGACACCAACAGUAUCCUAGAGCGCUUGAUGGCGGCCAAGCUGCAGCGAGAGAGGCGACUACAGGAGGACGACUCUGAGCUGGGCUCACUGCCGAGUAUCUGCUUCAUGAAGCAACAGCUGCGCAAGGACUCGGCGGCGCGUGACUCGCGCAUCCACAAGCUCUCCUUCUCGGACCGAGGCGACCUGACCAGCUACAUGGGCAGCCCCAUGGACAGCGUGCCCCGCAUCGUCGUGCACGACGGCAUCGCCGAGACAGAGGCCGAGACAUCGCUCACGCCAGACGAGAGUCCUGAGAAGGCCAGCGAGAGCGAGAUCGAGGGCAGCAACCUCGUCAAAGCCUCCAAAGAGGUGGCUCUGACGUCGUCACGUGGACAAGAGGAGACAGAGCUGACGAGGAUCAGCGCCGACGAAGUGACCUCCAACACCGGGGACGACCUGUUCGUCGACGCGGAGUCGAUGAUCGUCGGUGAUGGAACAAACACGGAGAGGUCUGAUUUCUACACCCCGCCAACUACCCCGCCGGACAGCCCGGAGCCAGAGGGCGCCACUCGACCCAUGUCGCAGUUGAAUGGAGACGUUCACAGAAAGAGUGAUUCAGGGGUAAGCAACAUUGUACCUGGGCAGAUAAAGGGCUUCAACAACGGCAGCAUUCCGUCCAUCAUCCAACACCAUGUGCAGGAGGUUGUGCCCCUCAUCAAGGUCGCAGAGAGCAAGACGACAAUAGUCAACAUCGGAAGCGAACGAGCUCUGUGGAGGCAGAAAAGCAUCUCAUCCUCGCACCACCUCCCCGGCGCCCACAACCCGGAUCUGGUCCUCCACUCGCUGAGUGUGUCCAAGAAAGACCUGGCGCGCCCCCUGUACAGGAAGGACAUUUUCUACAGUGGCAGUGUCCUCAACAUACCCCAGUACCAGUCGCAACCAGACAUGAAAAGCUACAUCACCAGCAUUACCACCAUCCCCGGCGAGGCGGCGUACUUCAAAGGAGAGUGCCGGGCCUGGCGCUACCUGUGUGUGCCGCAAAGCUGCAAGGACACACUGCAGGAGAUGAUGGACUUCUCGCUGUUGAAGGACUUCGGGUUCCUGCUCAUCUGCAUCGGCAACAUCAUGACUUUCCUCGGCUUCUACGUUCCUUUCGUCUACGUCGUCGAUUUCGCCGUUAGCCAUGGCAUCGACAAGGGGAAGGCAGCUUUCCUCAUCUCCGUUAUAGGCAUCACCAACACAGUAGGCAGAGUAGUGACUGGAUGGUUGGCGGACAUGAGGAAAAUUAACAGCCUCGUCAUCACCUACGUCUCCAUCUUUUUGUGCGGCGUGUCCACCGCCAUCUUCCCCUUCUGUACCACCUAUGAGGCCCUGUGUGCUGUCUGCUGUUUCUUCGGCCUCACUGUGGCGGCCUUCAUUUCCCUAUCGUCCAUCUUGAUCUGCGAUUUAAUGGGUCUGGAGAAACUGACCAACGGAUUUGGAUUGAUGACCAUGUUCCGUGGUGGGGCAGCUAUGGCGGGUCCGCCGUUGGCAGGGUUUGUGUACGACCUAACAUCCUCCUACGAUGCUUCCUUCUACCUGGGAGGAGCCUUGCUGGUUGUGGGAGCCUUGUGUCACCUGGCCUUGUACUUGCCAUGCGCGAAGCAGAAACAACCGGAGCAGGCGAUCAGCGAGUACGGGGAAGAGCUGCCGACCUUUGACCGCAAAGAGAGCUCCAUGCUGCCAGAGCUUGUCACUAUCGAGGAGAUACCAACGCGUGUGUAAAUGUCUUGAGUGCCAUACAGAAUGUCAUGAACCGAGCGAGAGCGAGUUUUAUAGGUGAACAGACUAGGUGUAAGUAAUGAAUGUGUUAUUGUUGUCUUGAAUAAGGCGUGAAGUGUGAAAGUGCACAAAAUAACUGCGAUGGAUGGACAGUGACAAAUAUAAUGGCUGAGUUGACUGUUGUAAAUGGCUGCAGUUGCUGAACUAACAGACUGUGCUCGACAUAAACAGUAAAUAUUGGAAUGCAAGCAACAGACAGAACAGGGUAGUUUUUGGAUCGUGGAUUUUGUUAAACACUGUGCACGAUUGUGUAUAUAUUAUAUCUAAGCGUUCGUGCGUGCGUGUGUGUGUGUUUGUAUGUUUGAAAUUUUGUACCAAAUCGUCUGAUGCUCUACUUACUUCUUGUUUGUGAUUUUGUGAACCAGAAAGAGAAAUAAAGUCUAGUACUUUGUGAACCAAAAACACUGGCACAGACAUAAAUAAUGUGUACAUGCCAUUUGUUCCGUCAGCUCUGCAAGCUUCUUAGUGGUCCUGAUGUGGGUAGGUCUCGCAUGUGUCCUUUAGCUAAGCUUGUGGCAACACAUCAAUUAAAACCUGUUUGUCAUGACAAGUCAGAACAGGGUGCCUUCCAAUGUAGUGCAGGCUGGAAAUAUUCUUUGCAGUUGGACAUUGUGAGACCGACGCCUAUAGAAAGAGUAAUUGUCUCUUAACAAUGGUCUGUCUUGUAACUGUUGGACCUUGUCUGCCGAGCACUGAGAUCGACUGUGCGUGACCUGAUCGGUUUAAAUAUUGGUCAGGCUGGUCAUCAUGACAUUAUUUGCACAACACUUACAAGUUCAUUUUUGAAAGCCACAAAAUAUUUCAGCUGGAUAGCGAUAACUACGAGACUUUUCUUAGCCAAAGAAAACUUUGAUGAUUCGUCAAUAUUCGAUGUCUUUCAGGUCGUCAGACUGAAACUCAGUGCACGGCUAACACAUUUUAAUCGAACCUAAAAUGAGAGUAGAUAUAUAUAUAUAUCCACAUAUAUGAAACAAGUUAAGGGGUUGUGGAAGUUAAGGAGGUACCGGGGUAGAUGCUGAAAGCCAAUAUUUAUAAAUGUCCCGUGUCGUUACAGACACAGUGUACAGGCGAUAAAAGAGUAUAUUUACAAUCAGACUAUAAUAACCAAUAGGAUCCAGUCCUAACUACACUUUGAAAAAAAAAUGCUCUCUUCAGUUUAACUGUCUUGUGUCCUAUUUUAAUGGAGGAAUGCUACCAAUGAGAGUGAGUAGUCGUUACCUGUAAAUAAUCCGCAUAUGUCCUCCUCUCUAACUCUUACCCCUUUCCUCCCUCACCUGUUGUUAACACCUGUGAAGUGCAGGAUAAUUUGACCUAUUUGCACUUUCCUCAAUUCUGGCGGGACCUUCCUUACCUGAGGUAACGGUAGCUCGUCAGGUAGCUUCGCUGGCCGUCGGCAUUUUUCUCUGCUUUUGCUUGCUGAGUCCCUCCUGUAACAAGCUUUUAAACUGCGAGGCCGUCCCUACAUUUCUUUGACUUCUUCAAUAGUCCAAUCAUUUGGAAAGAAGAGACUGUUAUCCACCCGACCCCUAAAAAAAAAAAAAAAAAAAAAAAAAAUCAUGAUGCAGAUUUAUAUCAAUGAAUUAUUUCAUUCCUUUUAUCUUCAUCCUUUUAUUAGUUGGGGUUUUUUUUCGUCCAUCAUAAUCAUGUUAAGAUGAAAGUGGAGAACUUUGCCUUUGUCUGCUUUGCACCAGUCGUCAUGUCUAUGUAGCACACCUCGAAACAGUGAUUUCACUUGCAUAGCUGUUUGUACAUCUUUUUGACCUCUGACCCUGUCUUUCAGCUCCCGUGUUUUAUGUAGUUUGGAUGUUUUCCUGGCUUUCAACACGUGUGUUUGUUUACGACAUUUUCACAAAGUUUGAAAGAUAUUUAAAAGUGCACAUUCUGGAGUGUUUGCCUUUGAUGUUGCCGAUAGAAGAAUGUUGAUAACAUUGUUGGCAACUUACUCUGUGAAAUGACUAUGUCGAGUCAAGGAGUUUUCCCUUUUGUUGUUGUUGUUUUUUUUUUUUGUUUUUUUUUUGUUUGUUUUUUUUGUUUGUUUUUUUUUUUUUUUGAUUGGUGGUGGUGCAUUUUAUUUUGAGAUCUUUUUUGAAACCAUUGUAUGACAUAUUUCUUACAAUUCCAUUUCUCAUUUUUAAAAAGUUACAUCGCAAAAAUUAUCACAAAAAGUUAUCGAAUUUUGUAUAUCAAUUCAAAAUAUCUUGAUGGGUUGAAAUGAAGUCUUAAAGAACGAUACCUUUGCUUAUUUUCAGUCAAAAACAAGGAUUUAUACAUGUUUAAUAUAUAAAAAAAUGUUUUAUAACCAUUUUUACUGUGUGCCGAGAGGAUGGCUAAACGAAAAAAUAACACAUUACCUCAUUUUCACACGAUACUUUGCUGAGGAAAAAAGUGAACAUGUGAGAGAGAGAGAGAGCUCACGCAGGUGUGUGGGUGUGUUUGCUGGUGUGUAUGUGUGUGAUCUCCUCACCCACGUGAUCUGAUGUUUAUGAUUGUAUUGUCCACUCAAAAAGCGAACACAUGCAGUAGACAUCCACCCUUUGUCCUGCCAGCAUCUACCUUUUCGCAUAUAAAAUACUUUUUUUUUUGGUCUCAUAAUAUAUUUUUUGUCUCUUAGUAUAAAUACCGUAUAAUAAAACACAUGCCAAUGAUAAUAACACGUUUAGCACCCACAAUGUUUAUAGUUAUUAUUUUAUUGUCAAAAUACUCUUCUUGAAAAUAUUUUUAAUUUCAAAAAAAAUUUUUUUUUUCAUUCUGGGUAUUAAGAAUAAAGGGAUACGUAUAUGGCUAUGUGAGCUGACAAAGCAGUUAAAACCGAAGAUAUGGACCGGACCAAUGUGCAGAAUUGUGUGUGACUACCUUCAUGUAUACACCCUGGAAGGACAGACUUACACCUGCUAGUGUCCUGUGUACAGUUCAAAUGUUGAUGCUAGAAAAUUCCCUUGAGCACUUGGUAAAAAUUAUAUUUCUGUCUUAAUAAACCUCAGUGAUCUUUAAUAUUUAGUAUUCAUGAGCUGUGAUUAACAUACAUAUAUAUGUAAAGACCUAUACCUGUCGCUGAAUUUGUACAUCUGAAGUGUAUAUGUCAUGUUUCUACAUUUCAUAUACCAGUUUGCAAAAUAAAAUCUGAACGGCGUUGAUGAACUCAUGAAACAUUAGCACGUGCACGCUUGACAUUUGAAAGUUUAACUGUUUUACUGGACUUUUCAAGUCGUAGUUUAGCAUUAAAUAGAAAUAUUGUUAUUUGUCAGUCAGGGACAUGUAUUUGUCUCUAAAAUGUAUCUUUGAAUGAACUUUAAUCGUGGUCUUUCAAAAUGUCAUUUAAUACAUUCUAAUGUUUCUUAAAAUAACAACAUCAAUACACACUUCGGUUAA